UAUUCUCCCGUGUGUUCUUUCGCAAUCAUCAUCCAAUGUGCUACUUAGUUAGUAGUCGCAUAGAAUUGGUAGAAAUUUGUCCAGCGCCUAACGAUGCGCUCGUGUAAAGUGCACAACUGUGGAAGCUCUAUAAACGCCAAUGCGGCGCUGAUAGUUUUCGGUUUAGUAGCUAUCGAUUCUGCGUUUGGUCGAUUGCAACCAGCCGAGGAUGUGUUCCCCACUGAUGUGAAUAAAGCGUUGCUACCCAACGUGCGCCAGGGAUUGAAUGAUUGCCAUCUCCGGUACCACAAAUACGGUGACUACAACCUAAUCUAUCCGAUCUUGGGAGUUCCCGUGAGGUUGGGUGAGUUCGCUCACAUGGCAGCCGUCGGUUGGACGGGACCGAAUGGCGUUAUUGACUUCAACUGCGGAGGAUCGGUGAUUACCACGCGGCAUGUCAUGACCGCGGCUCAUUGUAGCAAAGGUAUUGAGCCAGAUGUUGUUCGACUAGGAGUGAUCCACAUCAACACCACCUUAGAUGAUCCCAAAAAUAAAUUUGCGCAACAAUACAGAAUUCAAAGAUUCCAACGACAUCCAGAGCAUAAGUUCUCCUCCUCCUAUUUCGACAUUGCCAUCAUAACUCUGGAGCGACCGGUUAUCAUCAACGAUGUGGUGACCCCAGCCUGCCUCUGGGUUCAACCGGAAGUAGACUUUCCGCGUCUCGAAGCUGUCGGAUUCGGGCAAACUUCCUACGUUGGUGACAAAACGCCCAUUCUACUCAAAGUGCAGCAGACACCCAUAUCGAAUGACGAGUGCGCCAAUUUCUACAACUCCAACUAUAAUCGUACGCUCCGUAACGGUAUCGUGGAUACACAGGUUUGCGCCCAUGACAGCAAAAUGGACACCUGCGGUGGUGAUUCCGGUGGCCCUCUGCAGAUAAAGCUGAUGUCCAACCAUAGAUCUACCCCGUACGUCGUUGGAAUCACCUCUUUCAGUGCAUUCUGCGGAAUGGCAGUUCCCUCAGUCUACACCAGAGUGUCCUCCUACAUCUCGUGGAUCGAAACGGAAACCGGAGAAUCCUUCGCAUCGGAAACCUGCGCCUUGCGAUACAUUCAAAAGCGAGAGGCGGACGAGUCGAUGGUUACCAAACGGGUAGGCAAUCACGUGUUCAUCGAACUGGAAAAGAGCUACAUGGACAUUGAAACAGUGGCCAAACAUCGAGUGUACUUAGGUUACAACCAAGGAUCGAACCGAAUCCAAUGGAAUUGCAGUGGAGUCCUGAUCAAUGAGGAUUACGUGCUGACGGUGGCGCACUGUAUCAAUCCUAAGCCGACCCACGUCAAAGUGGGAGAUUUGGACAUUCAUAACGAUCAACCGGGGUCGCAAAUCAUAGAGACAGCACAGUUCUUCAUACAUCACAACUAUCGGGAGGGAUACCUGGAGAACGACAUUGCAGUGGUACAACUGGCUACUGAUGUCAGAUUCGGCCCAGAAGCGAUACCGGCCUGCCUAGUCGACAACGGACUCACCAUGCACAUGUAUGAAAUUGCCGGUCGGGGACCCUACAACCUGAACAAUUUCCUGCACGACAACGAACCCAUCUCCAACAACAACACCCUGGUACUGACCCGAAUGCGAGUGGACCCUACGGCGUGUAAGGGAAUCAACAGCCCCGACGUGAUGUGUGCCCGAAACAGCAAAUUCCUCGUUCCGCAGACGUGUCAGGUCGAACAUGGCGGUCCGCUGGAGCGAGAAACGUGGUACAACGAUCGGUACUACACGUACGUGUUCGGACUGACGGUUGCUGGGCCGGAUUGUGGUUUCGGCAAAGAGGCGUACUUUGUGCGGACAUCGGCACACAUCAAAUGGAUCGAAUCGAUUGUGCUGGGUAAGGGGCAGUACCAGGCGCAAGGUCGACGCGUUCAACGGCAAAUCGUGUUCCCAUCAGACGAUGACGAUUAUUCACCGCAUUCGUAUAACAUGAUCGGGAUGCCCUGUACAACGCCUCGAAACGUAGCAGGUGUUUGUCAGUACUACCGAAGCUGUCCAAAUGUUAACAUGUCUGCUCCUUCUUUGGUGAAAUUUUGUCGCCACGGGAUUGAUCCGAUCGUUUGCUGCGGGGGAUCAGCCUAUGAAGAUAAGUACAGCAUGAAGAAGUGCAUCGGUUACUGGAAACAGUACAAACGACAUGAGGAGGAAGAGUACGAGAGCAUCCCGUCGGAAGGACGACCAGUGCAGAACAAGGAAUAUCCGCAUGUGGCGUUGAUCGGCACCCAGCAGUAUGGCCGAUAUGUCUGGAGUUGUACCGGGACAUUGAUCAGCGAUAGGUACGUCCUGACCAGCGCCGAAUGCGUUAAAUCGGAAACGCAUGACACCGUGCGACUGGGGGCGGUUCGCCAAGAUAAAGGAACUCAAGACAUUGGGAUUGAGGGAUUUAUAAAGUGUCCGAAGUACAACAAGACGACGUCGACUGGGAACUUGGCACUGGUUCGUUUGUCAACCAAGGCAAUCUACAGCGAUCGUGUGCUACCAGCUUGCAUGUGGCUAGAUAACUCAAACGUUCUGCUUAAGCUGUUUAGUCUUGGAGUUGACGAUGGUCAAGUGAUGGUUCGUCCACGCAUGGCCCGUUACAACCAGGACUGCCGGAAGUUCUACAAGAUGACCAGUCUAGUCGACGAGAAGCAGAUCUGUGCGGAGAAUUACUACUUCACGGACAACUCGUGCCAGGAUAGAAGCGGUGAUCCUCUGGAAGGCAUCAUUCAAAUCGGUUCCAUCAAAAUCUCCACUAUCGUGGGGAUAAGCUCGUACAACGUGGGCUGCCCAGGAAAAUCCGACACAGCCACCAUCUAUGCAAGGCUUUCGGCAUACACAGAUUGGAUAUUUUCCGUUCUGGAAGCAUAGAUAUUAGUGUUUAGUACUCGUCUCCUCUGCGGUUCGAGUGAAAGAACCUGUAAUUGCGAACUGGAAAUUGUUACUAUAUCAAAUCCCAUGUGUUCUCUUUGUUUUGAAUCUUUUUUCGCGUAAUAAAAAAACAAAUUGAUAUAUAUCAAAACAAUUAA